AGACGCACGGGCUAGGUCAGGUGCGGGCUAGCGCGGCUGUUAUCGAUUAGAAAAAAAGCUCCCGCCGCGCCAUUCACUCGCCGGCUCGCCAGGCCCUCGACGACCGACGACUCGACGACACCGCCCGCACAUCCGCCCGCACAUCCGCCAUGGCCGUCGACGAAGCGCUCCAGCAGCCGCUGAACUUCACGGGCCACCGCCACCUGGUGUCGCGCCUGCUGCUCGCGACCCUCACCGGACGCCCGAUCCGCAUCUCGCAGAUCCGCUCGGCGUCGACCAGCCCCGGCCUCACGCGCUACGAGACCAACUUUGUGCGCCUGCUCGACGCCGUCACCAAUGGCGGCCAGGUGCAGUUCAGCAUGACGGGCACGACGCUCGUCUACCGCCCCGGCCUCAUCACCGGCUCGGCAGAGGGCCUCGGCGCCCACGGCGGCGUCAUCCGCCACGAGAUCCCGCGCGAGUGCGCCCGCAGGGGCGUCUCGUGGUGGCUGAUCCCGCUGUGCAUCCUGUCGCCCUUCGCCAAGGACAAGGUCAACGUGAUCCUGCACGGCGAGGGCUGCGUCACGGGCGCGACCCCCAGCGGCGACGUCAGCGCCGACACGGUCCGCACCGCGCUACUACCACUAUACAAGCCCUUUGGCAUCGAGCGCAAUAUCGAGCUGCGCAUCCUGCGCCGCAGCUGCGCCCCGGGCCCCGCCAAGAGCGCCGGCGGCGAGGUCCAGCUCGUCUUCAACCACCAGGUGCGCCUGCCCAAGACCCUGCACCUGCUCAACCCGGGCCGCGUCAAGAAGAUCCGCGGCGUCGCCUACUGCGUCGAGGUCCCCAAGAGCAACAACGAGCGCAUGAUCCACGAGGCCCGCGGCAUCCUCAACAAAUUCGUGCCCGACACAUACAUCUUCUCCGACGCCUCGCCCGCGCCCCUGAUCCCAACCACGCAAAAGGGCAGCGCCGGCGCCAAAGUGAAGGGGGCCGUGGGCUUUGGCCUGAGUCUGGUCGCCGAGAGCAGCACGGGCUGUCUAUACAGUGCCGACGUGUGCUCGCCGCCCGAGGGCGGCGUGCCAGCCGACGACAUCGGCAAGCAGUGCGCGUACCAGCUGUUGGAGAAGAUCUCGCAGGGCGGCGCCGUGGAGAAGAUCGCCGCGCCCACAGUGCUGAUGCUCAUGGCCAUGGGGUCCGAGGACGUCGGCAGAGUCGCGUUGGGCAAGGACGUGCUGGCUAGCGAGGAGAUCAUCUCGCUGGCUCGAGACUCAAAGGUGUUUGGCGGCAGUGGGUGGGGAUUCCGCGAGAACGGCGGCGACCAGGACCGCGGCGAGAUUGUUGUGAGCGUGGUUGGCCGCGGCGUGGGCAACGUCGGGCGGAAGGUAGCGUAGCGUAGCGUAGCGAAGCGUUGCUUAACGUAACGUAGCGUAACGUAGUCACAGAGAGCUUGCAUGGUUUGGCGUUUGGGGCGGAAAAGCAUGUAGAAUCAACG